AUGAAAGCAACAAGAAGUCUCUCCCUUCAAAGAGUGUUUCUAAUGUUUAGUACAGUGGUGUUAGUGUGCAUGGUGCUUCAUUCAAUUUGCAAUAUAUUCAUACUUGCCAUUGCAGGGGGCAUAAUUGCGGGCCUUUGCAUUGUUUUGCUCGCAAUAUAUAGAGCGCUUAAAGUGCCAAGUGUGUGUAAUAAGGAGUACAAUAAUUAUCUGAAAAAGGGCCAAGAGGAGGUGAAGAAGAUCUUGGAGAAAUAA